AGAGACAGAUUGAAAACAGACGUUCUCUCUCCCUCCUUCUCUCUUUUUCUCUCUGCCUCUCUCUCUCUUGCUCUCUCUCUCUUGCUCUCACUCUCCCACUGUGAGUCAGUCUGUUGGUUUCCAUGCGUCGUCCGUCUGGAAUGAACUCAGACUAAAGCCUGAAGAGGAGUGAGGGGAAAGGAGAGAGGAGACCACUGAAAAAAGAAAGAAGCAGAGGAGGAGGAAGAAGAAGAAGAAGAAGAAGAAGAAGAAGAGGAGGAGAAGGAGACUGAGGAGGAGGAAAGAGAAAAGAAGCAGCAGUAUCAGAAGGUCAGAGGUCACUGGAAUCGUACUGUGGGAGACAGAAAACAACCUUAAACAUGCAGGAGUGAUGUACAGGAUCGUCAGCCAAUAAUGGUGUCAAUCAGAGGACGAACAGGAAGUAUGAACGUGCUGCAUUUCCUGCUAGCAGGUGCACUCCUGGUGUGUCCUGAAGUGGCGGUCUGUCUGGAGCUGAUGCCUUCUUCUGCUGAAGUUCAGCUCAAACCAAACGCCAAUUUCACUGUGGUGUGUUCAGGCUGGAGUCAGGUGACAUGGCAGUUACCUACGGAUACCAUGGUGGACGGGGUUGUUGUGGAGAAUCGGGGAUCCAGCAGUGUCCUGCAGCUCUCCAACGCCACCUGGAAGAAUUCUGGGAGAUACACUUGUGAAGAGCCUUCAUCCCAUCAGAGCAGACACAUCGACAUCUUCAUACCUGGUCAAGGUCCAGAGGAAUGGUUUGUUCCUCUGGGUCCAGGUGUGGUCAUGAAGGAGGCGGAGGAAGAUACCAUCCCGUGUGUGGUGUCCGACCCACAGCUCGACGUCUCGCUGUACGAACGUCCCCAAAAGAAGAUUAUUACGGGGACAAAGUACGAGCCGGGCCGCGGAUUCACGGGUCGUCUGAAUGACACAUCAUACGUGUGUUUGGCCACCCGUGGGGACGAGGAGAGAGAGUCACAGGUGUACUAUGUCUUCAGCGUCAUCGUUCCAAAGGAGAUGGAGGUGGAACUGACAGUGUCCAGCAGUGUGUUGAAGCAGGGGGAGGCUCUGACUGUAAACUGCACUGUCAAAGACACUGAGAUGGUUUUCUUCUCCUGGGACUUCCCUCGCAAACAGGAAAUCGAGCCUCUGACCGACUUUCUGCCCAAUCGGAUCCGCUCCUUCCUUAACAUCUCUGAGGCAACGGUGGAAGAUUCUGGUGUGUAUGUGUGUAUGGUUAAGGAGACAAUGCAGGAGCGAACUGUGACAAAAAACAUCACGUUGAGAGUACUGGAUCAAGGUUAUGUCUACGUGUGGUCUUCAGGCGAAACCAAUGUAUCAUCUCUCCUCCAUCACACGGUGGAGUUCAGUGUGGAAGUUGAUGCCCACCCUGCCCCCACUGUCCUCUGGACCAAAGACAACCAGACCAUCGCCACGGACACCACAUCCAUCACCACCAGACACCUGACAGGAAGCAGGUAUAUGAGCACACUGACUCUGGUUCGAGUCCAGAUGGAUCAGACUGGAAGUUACACAGCAACUGCUUCCAAUGAUGACGACAUUGAGGAGGUCAUCUUCAAUCUGGAGGUCAAAGCACCCCCCAGGAUCGUGUCUCUGUCGGAGGUCGGCAGUAAGGCAGUGCAGUGUGUCAGUGAGGGAGCUCCGCCCCCAUCUAUCACCUGGUACACCUGUCAGAGCUCACACAGGUGCAAUAAUUUGACGGGUGGCUGGAGGAGCCUAUCAGCCUCGGAGGGCGGGGCUCUGCUGGAGAACAUCACUGAAGUGGAGGAGAGAGGUGUUACUAAGGUACGCAGUGUGUUGACUCUGCAGAGUCUCAGCUCUCUGUCAGCUGUUCGCUGUGAGGCCAAAAACUCUGCAGGACGAAGAGCCAGAGACCUGCGAAUAGUGUCCAACUCUCUCCUGUCUCAGGUCGCAGUGUUGGCAGCAGUUCUGGUUCUGGUCAUCCUUGCUGUCAUCUUCCUCAUCAUUCUCAUCCUCCUCUGGAGAAAAAAACCGCGUUAUGAAGUUCGUUGGAAGGUGAUUGAGUCAGUGAGUCCUGACGGACAGCAGUACACCUACCUCGACCCCGCCCACCUGCCCUACAACUCCACCUGGGAAGUACCACGAGACAACAUAGUGAUUGGUCAGGUGUUGGGUUCAGGUGCAUUUGGUCGUGUUGUUGAGGCAACAGUCUCCGGUCUGCUUCACUCUCAUUCAUCAACUAAAGUAGCCAUCAAGAUGGUGAAACCCAACAGCGGUGCAGUUCAGUCUCUGAUGUCAGAGUUGAAGGUUUUGGUUCAUCUUGGUCCUCACCUGAAUGUCGUCAAUCUGCUAGGAGCUUGCACAAGAGGAGGUCCUGUCCAUCUGAUCACUGAGUUCUGUCGUCAUGGGGACUUGGUGAACUACCUGCAAAGGAACAAACACACCUUCUUACAGAGCGAUACGCACACCAAGAGUGACAGUGAUGGAGGUUACAUGGACAUGAAUAAGGAGGAAAGCGCUCAGUACGUUGCCAUGAAGGAGCUCAGCUACGCCGACAUCGAACCUGCGGUGUACGAGACACCUUACACAGCGCCAGACCAGCAGGAGGAGUCGCUCCUCCUCAGCGACUCUCCUCUCCUGUCUCUCCAUGACCUCCUCAGCUUCUCCUUCCAGGUCUCGAAGGCCAUGGACUUCCUCUCCACCAGAAACUGUGUCCACAGAGACCUGGCGGCGAGGAACGUCCUGGUGUGUGAGGGGAAGCUGGUGAAGGUCGGUGACUUUGGUUUGGCCAGAGACCUGAUGAAGGAUCAGGACUACAUCGCCAGAGGAAAUAGCUUCCUGCCUGUGAAGUGGAUGUCUCCAGAGAGUAUUUUCCAGAACAUUUACAGCUGUCAGAGUGACGUCUGGUCCUAUGGAGUCUUACUAUGGGAAAUUUUCUCUCUGGGUGGGAGCCCGUACCCUGACCUCCCUAUGACCCAGGAGUUUUACUCUGCUCUGAAGAGAGGAUACAGAAUGAGUCGACCUGACCACGCUCCUCACAACAUUUUUGAUCUGAUGAAACAGUGCUGGGAGGAAAAACCUCAGUCCAGACCUUCUUUCUCCUCACUGGUCGUCUCCGUGGGAAACAUAUUGACUGACGACUAUCAAAAGCGUUACGUCCAGCUGACUGAGAACUUCCUGAAAGGUGAAAAUCCAGCUGUUGUUCGAUCCAGAAUGAGUUCAUCACGAACUGCUGAAGAUCAAACAGACAUUCUGACAGACGCGAACGGAAUCCCCGCCCCUCAGGAGACUGUUUACCUCUUGGAGGCGGAGCCUGUGGAGAAUAGCCUCUCUCAUGGCACUUACAUCAUCCCCAUCACUGACAUUACCAUAGAAACCAAUAACGGCGCUGCGCUGGACGCAGUCAGCCCUCAGCUGUCAGAAUCUCAGGACAUAGCGGGAGCACAGGAAGUGAAAACGCCGGAGGAGAAACAAGAAAUUGAGGCGCCUCCUGCUUCAGAGGAGGAGAGCUGCCUGUGAAGAGUUCAGCUGCCUUUCAGACCGGAUGGAGGGUUUAAUUGAUAAUGAGGCAUCUGGCAGAUUCAUCCAUCCAGGCAAGGCAGAGGGCUGUAAUACCCUUUGAUAUCUGCCACACCCUCCCGCAGCUGGAUCAUCCAUUCAUAAGGACAACAUCAUCACAAGACAGUGCCGAGGUUCUGCUGAGCAAGGCGGUCAAUGUUGGGGUUAUUUUACCUACAGUGUUGACUGUAAGGCUGCCAAAGGAAAUGUGUUUUCUUUCAAAUGUUUUUUAAAUCACAUUUGUUUCAAUAUUCCUGUUGAAAUGGUACAGAGUUGUGUUCACAGUAAACUGCGCAGAUUUAUAACUAUAAUAUUCAGUUUUAUAUUCCUCAUGUAUUCAUAUUAUUCUGUAGUGUCUGUAUUCUGAACUAUUAUCUGCUUCGUGUUUAUUCAAACUGCUCUGAAUCAUCUCAGAACUGAAGCUCUUUAUCUAAAUAAAUAUCAAAAUAAAAUUCAA